AUGAUGGACAGUGGCAAGAACUUGCUCUUGGCUGCUUUGAUGUCAGUGCUGCUACUCCACCUGUGCAGCAAGUCAGAAGCAGCAAGCAGCUUUGACUGCUGCCUUCGGUAUACAGAACGCAUCCUUCAUCCCAGAUUUAUCGUGGGCUUCACGCAGCAGCUGUCCAAUGAAGCCUGUGAUAUCAAUGCAAUCAUCUUUUACACAAAGAAAAAAUUCGCUGUGUGCGCAGAUCCAAAGAAGAACUGGGUGAAACAGGCUGUGCAUAUCCUCAGCCAAAGAGUCAAGAAGAUGUGA